UGCAUAUGCAGAUCAGGAGGUGCACUGCAGAUAAUAGGCUACUGUCUGAAAAACCAACGCUUCAUGUCUUCACUGAUAGUAGGUCUAUAUCCCUUCGUCAGUUGUGAGAAGUGGCUAUCACGACACGCCGUGGAUAUUACAUCAUGUCUGUUUAAUAUCCUGAGCUGAAUCCUGCGUGAGGUUUGCGCCGCAUACUCUGCGUCAGAGAAGAACAGCUGAUACACGCACAGACGUUUCUCAGCGAGACCACCGACGAGAGACAACGGACCACCGUCAACCGGAGCUCGAGACUCCCUGAGAUUAAGGUUCAAGACUAUCAUUCCAUUGACAACCGGUAACUGAUCAAACAUGGGCAAAGAAUUCAGAGGUACAAUUGCAGAUCACCCUGACUUUGAUGCAGGCAGUGAUGCAGAGGCCCUCUUUAAUGCCAUGAAAGGCUUUGGAAGUGACAAGGAGGCCAUCUUAGACCUGAUUACCUCACGAAGCAAUGCUCAGAGGCAGGAGAUACGUGCUGCCUACAAAUCACAGUAUGGGAAGGAUUUAAUUGAUGAUCUGAAAUAUGAGCUGACAGGGAAAUUUGAACGUCUGAUUGUGGGUUUGAUGAGACCUCCAGCCUAUCAUGAUGCCAAAGAAAUCAAGGAUGCCAUUAAGGGAGCAGGAACAGAUGAGAAAUGUUUGAUUGAAAUUCUCACUUCAAGAACCAAUGAGCAGAUUCAUAAUCUGGUGGAAGCAUACAAAGAUGCAUAUGGCAGAGACCUUGAAGAGGAUGUUAUAGGGGACACAUCUGGACAUUUUAAGAAGAUGCUGGUUGUUUUGCUUCAGGGGACCAGAGAGGAAGAUGAUGUUGUUAGUGAAGACCUCGUGGAGCAAGAUGCUCAAGACCUGUAUGACGCAGGAGAGGCACAGUGGGGCACAGACGAGGCCAAAUUCAUCAUGCUGCUGGGAAACCGAAGUGUGACCCAUUUGCAGUUGGUAUUUGACGAAUACCAGAAAAUUGCUGAGAAGGCCGUUGAGGACAGUAUUAAGAGCGAGCUCUCUGGAGACUUUGAAAGGCUGAUGUUAGCUGUCGUUCAGUGCAUCAGGAGUAAGCCCAUGUUCUUCGCCAGACGCCUUUACAAAUCCAUGAAGGGUCUGGGUACGGCUGAUAACACUCUGAUCCGCAUCAUGGUCUCCCGCUCUGAGAUUGACAUGUUGGACAUCAGAGAGUGCUUCAGACUGCGCUAUGAGAAAUCUCUGUACAACAUGAUUCAGGAUGACACAUCCGGGGAUUACAAGCGCACCCUGCUGAAACUGUGUGGAGGAGAUGAUGAUAUUGCAGGGGAGUUCUUCCCAGAGGCUGCACAGAUUGCCUACAAGAUGUGGGAAACCAGCGCCAUGACCAAAGUCCAGUUAAGAGGAACUGUGCGACCAUAUCAAAAUUUUGACCCUGCGAGUGAUGCUCAAGCUCUGAGAAAAGCAAUGAAGGGAUUUGGAACUGAUGAAGAUGCAAUUAUUGACAUUGUGGCACACAGGAGCAAUGCACAGAGACAGGAGAUCAGACAGACUUUUAAAUCUCUUUUGGGAAGGGAUCUCAUGGCUGACCUAAAAUCAGAACUGUCCAAAAACCUGGAAAGACUCAUCUUGGGUCUCAUGAUGACUCCAGCAGAGUUUGACGCUAAGAUGAUGAAGAAAGCCAUGGAGGGCGCAGGGACAGAUGAACAUGCAUUGAUUGAGAUCCUGGUCACUAGGAGCAACCAGGAGAUUCAGGAUAUGUGUUCUGCUUAUCAGAAUGCCUAUAAAAAAAGUUUGGAGGACAGCAUCGCAUCGGAUACAUCUGGGCAUUUCAAACGGAUCCUGAUAUCUUUGGCACAGGGAGCCCGUGAGGAGGACCCAGCAGACAUGGCCAGGGCCUCGGAAGAUGCCCAAGAAUUGGCAGAUGCAUGCAAUGAAGAUUCUGGUGACAUGGAGGACAAGUUCAUGAGUAUUCUGUGCACGAGGAGUUUUCCUCACCUGAGGAGAGUGUUCCAGGAAUUUGUGAGGUGCAGCAACAAAGAUAUCGAACAGAUCAUAAAGAAGGAGAUGUCAGGAGAUGUUAAAAAUGCCAUGUUUGCUAUUGUGCGGAGUGUGAAGAAUCAGCCAUCUUACUUUUCUGACCGAUUGUACAAAGCCAUGAAGGGCCUGGGAACAGACGACAGGGCUCUCAUCCGUAUCAUGGUGUCCCGCUCCGAGAUUGACUUCUUCAACAUCCGCAAAGAGUUCAAGGAGACCCAUGACGCCUCUUUGCAUGAAUUCAUCCAGGUAGAGACGCUCGUUGGUGACACAUCAGGAGACUAUCGUAAAACCCUUUUGAUUCUCUGUGGAGGUGAGGACUAGAACAUUGUCUGUCAUCCGAGAUGUGUCACAGGAUAUUCAUGCCAAGUAACCAGUGCACUGUGUUCCCAUUCGUUGUUUCUGAGAUGCUAGUCAACACACAGUCUUUGUGCCCUCUGCUGCUGCUGCUGCUGCUGCCAUGCCUACGCCAAAGCUAAUGACCUAUGCAGAAGCCAUACCUUGUCCCAUUUUCUGAAAUCGUGCACGAAACAGUUUUUUACAGUUAAAAGCACUUUUUAUGGUGUUACCGUACUACCAGUGCUUCAUUUGUUACCCAACACCCUGUUUAAAUUGAUCACCCCAGAAAUAAAAGACGUGAUCGUCUUUGAGUUUGUGUUGUUAGAUGGACACCAUUGUUGAUGUGUUUUAAUACCAAAAGUUGCUUUAAAUCUAGUACAGAAUGUGGUGAUAUGCUUAUGAACAAAAUACCAAAAUUGUUGAUCAUACAAAAGUAAAUAAUACAAAAAAGA